AUGAAUAGAUGCUUAAUUUUACUCAAUACUUGCAUUCUUUUGACGUCUGUUUUUACUCAAACUGUCAAUGAAACUGAUUCUACCGUCUCGUUCAAACGUUCCCUCAAGAUCGGAGAGAAUGAAAUUUUCAAGGUUGAAAUAUCACUGGGAAAUCACAAGAACGAUAAUUUCUUUAUGCGCCAAUGGAGAGAAAUGACGGAUUCAUACAGAUGGGUUCCAGAAUGGUGGAGAUCGGUGCAACGUUGGACGGAAUCGAAGAUGCGAGUCUUAAAUAGGCAGUGUGCGCGUCAGCUUCACAAUAUGACAGCCACGCAAGCAACUUUCCUUUUUUGCACUCUCUUGCAGGCCAUUCUUACAGAAGGUCAGAUGCCCGAGCAGCCUGAACCGGAGUUCUUGGCCCCCUUAGAGAACCAUACAGUAACACAAGGGCGCGACAUCUAUUUCACAUGCGUUGUUAAUCACCUGUCUUCUUACAAGGUAGCAUGGAUCAAGUCGGAUACCAAAGCGAUUCUGGCAAUUCAUACUCAUAUGGUAGCCCAAAAUCCUAGGCUUUCUGUGACACAUAAUGGACACAAUACGUGGAUGUUGCACGUUUCAAACGUUCAAAAGAACGAUUCCGGGACUUACAUGUGUCAAAUCAACACGGAUCCCAUGAGAAGUCAGAUGGGAAAUUUAGAAGUCGUUAUUCCUCCGGAUAUUCUCAAUGACAACGAAUCGACACAAGGUUCUGGAGUAGCGGUCGAAGGCGGUACCAUAACCCUCCGGUGUUACGCAACCGGAGUACCGGAACCCACUGUCGUGUGGAAACGAGAGGGUGGCGAAAAAAUCAUAUUACGUCACGACGGAAUACGCGAAAAACAAGCAAUGACGACUUAUCACGGCGAAACUCUGACGUUGACGAAUGUACAGCGUACUGAUAUGGGGCCUUACUUAUGCAUCGCCAGCAAUGGCGUGCCCCCUUCCGUCAGUAAACGAAUGAUUGUCAAAGUUCACUUUCAUCCGUUGAUUAGAGUAUCCAAUCAGCUGGUUGCUGCCCCCAUCGCACGUGACGUUCUUAUACAAUGCUACGUCGAAGCAUCUCCCAAAGCUAUGAACCACUGGAUGCGAAACACCGGAGAGAAACUCAUUCCCAGCGAAAAAUACAUCAUAGAAGAAGUACCGAUUAACGAAUACUCUCUGCUUAUGAAUUUGACAAUACGUAAUUUAGAAAAACGCGAUUUUGGGGGAUACACAUGUAGCUCCUCGAACGCGUUAGGCAAAGCCGAGGGUUCCGUGCGGCUUCAAGAACGACAAGUAAUAAUUAAAUCGACAAGUACGGCAAGUACGCCUCGUUAUAUCGAAACGAAACCUCGAAAACCACCCAAUAAAGACAAACCGAAGAAAUACAAACAACCGAAGAAAAAAGAAAGCGGUGACAGUAAAAGCGAAGAAGAUCACGAAAUGACCACGCUAUUGUUACCUGAAUUAAAAACUCAAUCACCUUCACAGAUAUCGGUACCAAGUGCUAGUCGUUCUCCACCUUGGAACCACUUUCAUCGGAACACGGCAGUUGGUUUGCCCUUCGAGACAUCUUGUUGUUAUACUUUUAUUGGAUUUGUUAUGUUUCAACUGUACACUGUAUAUAGGGAAAUUGUUUAAUUUUAAAUUUUAAUUAGGAACAUUAUUCGGAGGAAACAAAGGGAAUACCUAACACGUUAUGAUAUUGAUUCGAUAUUUGAGUUUAAGUACUCCCAAAUUAGUAAAGAUUUUAUCUGGCAAAUGUCUUCCUUGUACAUUUUAAACUCAUUCUGAGUUUCAUAUCACCAUGUCUUCCCAUUUGCAAUGUUAGGAAAAAUUGGUUACAUUCACAUAAUGUGGAAAUCCGGAAUUUGCAUUUAGCUUACGAUACUUCAAACAGAAUACGAACCAUAUCCAUUAGUAACCCAUUUUUGUUUCGUUGCAUUAUCAACAACACGGAAUUUCAAUGACAAUAUCCAACAUACUUAAUAUGAAGGACAAUAGCCUUUUUUAAUAUACACAUAUAUGAUAAUAUAAAGUACUUAUGAACUGAGUUUGUAUAUUUUUUUGAAAAUACAACGAUGGUUUUAAUGUUUAGUAAUAAUAUCCUUCAUGUCUUCCGAAUGAAAACUAUACAUAUUUGUGAUUUAUCAUUUUUUAUACACAUUUGGUGGUAUAUAAAGUCAUAUUUACAUAUUGUAUACAAAAUGUAUUAGGUUAUUAGGUAAUACAAUAACCAAUAUAAUUUUUUUCUGUUGUAAAAUGUGCAUUUUGUUAUUUACUUUCGUAGAAAAAAUAUAUUUUAUUUACUCUCGGCUGUUAUCAUUAGUUUAAGGCUUUUGUUAAGAAAAAUAAAUUACCAAAGAGUAAUUUUGUAAUUAAAUAAAAAGAACAAUCAUAAUAUUGUUUGUCUAGAGUAGAACAUAAAAAAUGAAUUGUUAUGAGACUUUGUUAUUAUGUAUUUAAUUGGUGUAAUGUAUAAAUAAAUACAUAUAUACCUUACCUCAUGCAAGUAAAACUUGUACAUUGAUGACAAUAAUAUAAUUCAAU